CGAGAUUUAUGUUGUUCCGGGCCGGAUCUUUUGAAAUUAUAGUGUCACCCUAAGUUAAUUAAAUUGAUUAAGAACCAAAUUAGGGGACUUAAAGUGGAUUAAAAUAAAUGUUCAUAUCUUAGAGUUUGUGUUUAGUACACUAUGAUUCGAGUUCUACUUGGGCUUUUACUAAUUUUACCACAUCUUCUGUUUCAAAUAGAAUGUGUUCAGACGUGUUCAAAAAGCGAAUUACAUGCGUUAAUUCUAGCUAGAGGUGGAAGUAAGGGGAUUAAAUACAAAAACCUCGUUGAAAUAGCAGGACUAUCAUUGCUGGCGCGUACAAUCCGAACAAUACAAAAUUCUUCUUGCUUUGAUCAUAUUUGGGUCUCUACCGAUGACAAAAGAAUUGCUAUUGAAGCCGAAAAAUAUGGUGCUAUUGUGCAUAAUCGUCCUUCAGAGUUUGCCAGGGACGACACAUCUUCUCUGGAUACUAUCAAAGAAUUUUUGAAUGCACACAAAGCUAUUCAUAAUUUUUCUUUAUUUCAAUGUACUUCUGUGUUUCUGAAAGAAACAUAUAUUAAAGAAGCUGCUUUGGCAUUCAAAACCCAAGACUGUGUAUUCGCAGCCAAAAGGUCGCAUUAUUUAAGAUGGGAACUCGUUGAUAAUCUGCUGGUACCCGUGGGCUUUAAUUCAGAGUCCAGGCCAAGACGCCAAGAUUGGAAAGGAGAUAUAGUUGAAACAGGAAUGUUUUAUUUUUCCAAGCGACGAUUAGUAGAGGGUGGAGUGCUACAAAAUAACAGGUGCUCAAUCGUUGAAAUCGAUGAAAAAGAUGGGUUAGAAAUCGACUCACCCAUAGACCUGACAGUAGCACGAUGUAUUUUAAAUAAUAAAAUAUAAACUGGACUUAUUGCAACAACUUAUUCCAGUCAAAUAUUGUAGUUUACAGUUACCUAUGCUAGAAAUAUAUACAGAAGAAAAGACGUCACAUUCCGUACGUCAUAAGCUUUGACAGGUUUCGCUUAAAUAAAUCUCAUUUUCUGAAUAAUC